GCUGCGAGAACACCACCGUGCUGCAAUUAAGGUGAUACGUAGGAUGCAGUAUUUUGUGGCAAAGAAGAAGUUCCAGCAAGCUAGAAAGCCUUACGAUGUGCGAGAUGUUAUUGAGCAGUAUUCCCAGGGCCACCUCAACCUGAUGGUGCGAAUCAAGGAGCUGCAGAGGAGGUUGGAUCAAUCUAUAGGGAAGCCAUCUCUUUUUAUCUCCGUCUCAGAAAAAAGCAAAGACCGAGGGAAUAACACGGUUGGUGCCAGGUUGAACAGAGUGGAAGACAAGGUUACCCAGAUGGACCAGAAACUGAACCUCAUUACAGAUCUGCUGCAUCAUCUGGUUUCCAGUCAGCAGGGUGGUCACGGCAGCAUCAGAGCGUCUCAGAGGGGCAACACUGUUAACUCGGAUCUUUUCCUCCCUAAUAACACUCUGCCAACCUAUGAGCAGCUGACAGUGCCAAGAAGAAACCAAGACGAUAUCUCCUGAUGUGGUCGGCAUCUGGGCUGGGUUCUUCCCACC